AAAAAAUUUAAUGUUGAAUAUUGGAAUUCGUGAUAGCAGUGAACACGGUAAAUAUUUCAUAAGUCGUUGUUUGUGGAAAGGCAGCGUCUCUGCUCUCCAUAGCCACUAAGGAUGCAGUCCUCGGUUGGUGUGCUUCGUGGUCGUGCCCCGCACUUGCUUGCGAAGCGGUGGUGUUCCGGCGCUACGCUAGCGAACAGAGAUGUCAUCCCUACCACCCACCAGUCAGUGUAUGGUGUAGCGCACCGCUGCUUCACUUCAUCCGCACUGCGCAGAAGCCAUGAAGAUGUGGCGCCGGCGAUCACGCAGAAGAAACUGUUCACACCCGGACCGCUGGGCGUCAGCAUGAGCACUAAGGAAGCCAUGCUCUACGAUCUGGGUUCCAGAGACGAGGCGUUCAUUCAGACUGUGCAGUGCGUGCGCGAUGAGCUGGUAGACCUAUCCGGAGAAUCGCGCGACGACUACACGUGUAUUCCAGUGCAGGGAAGUGGUACGUUUGCUGUGGAGGCAGCGCUAACUACAAGCAUCCCGCGCACUCGUCCCAACAUUCUUGUUCUGGUGAACGGUGCGUAUGGCCAUAGGAUUGGCGAGAUCAUCACAGCACUGGGUAUCAGCGACUGUGUGAAGCUCUCGUUUCCAGAGAAUGUUCCCAUGGACUUGGACGUCGUGGAGAGAAAGAUCAUCGAGUUGGGUCAUCGCCUCACCAACGUAGCUGUUGUUCAUUGCGAAACCAGCAGUGGACAGAUCAACCCGGUCGAGGCUAUUGGCCAGAUGGUAGCAAAGCAUGCAUCCCAGGCUUCCUUCUUCAUCGAUGCCAUGAGCAGUUUUGGUUCGGUGCCGUUCAGCCUGUCGUCGGCUCGCUGCGACUUCAUGGUAACGUCGGCCAACAAGUGUCUUCAGGGUGUGCCCGGAUUCUCACUAGUGCUGGCUAAUCUACGUGCUCUGAAGCGCUGUGGUGGCAACUCCCGCUCUCUCAGCCUAGACCUGUGUAAGCAAUACCAUGGCCUGCAGAGCAACGGUCAGUUCCGAUUCACACCUCCAACUCACUGCAUACUAGCCCUACACCAGGCAUUGAAGGAGCUCAGAGAGGAAGGCGGCAUUGCUGGCAGAAGAAAGCGGUACCAAGAGAAUAGCCAUCUGCUUCGCACAAGGAUGGCUGAGCUAGGUUUCAAGGAACUCCUGGAGAACGAAACAGAGAAAUCCUUUAUCAUCACGUCGUUCCGUAACCCGGAGCAUCCCAACUUUGAUUUCAAGACGUUCUACAGCAAGCUGAGCGAGCGCGGGAUGUGCAUCUACCCCGGCAAGGUGACAGCAGCGGAGUGCUUCCGCAUUGGCACCAUAGGUAAUUUGCAUCCGGACGAUAUCCGUCAACUACUGGCAGCCAUCGAAGAGGUCACGAAGGAGAUGGAUAUUGCCCUUCCACUUGGAAGUUAGACAGUGUAGUUUUCACAUCACCUACGUUAGCAGGUGACAGAAUCUAGUCUUUUCAGUCACUUGUUUCAACUGUAAUGGAUAACGCAUUGGUAUACAAGUAGUAUACUGUGAUUGUUUUAUAAUUGCUCCGAAACGCAUGUUUUACUUGCUGAAAGUAGGCAGCCUUUAUCAUAUAAUCUACCUUUUCAAAUGAUACGAUAUUUUUGAAUUGUUCAGUUCAUUCUCGCCCACUAGAGGCAUGCAUUCAGAUAAGUAUAAUAUUUUAUCUUUUACACAAGCAUUUUCGAAUGCUUGUUCUUGUUGUGAACGUCGCACGGCAGUGUGUUAUGCUAGGAUAUCUCGAUUUACUUCACCGCUUACACCAAAUUAUUUCCUUUCUUUUUGACGCGCAGCCCCUUCUGUUUUGUUCCGUCCGCUUUCUGCGCACCUAUGUGAGAGUUUUGGAUUUCAUUCGCAUGCUGUUGUGCCUGUUUCGUGUUCGUAUUCACAGAGCGGUUUUGUCCGCAGAAGACGGUGGUCAGCUACAGUGAA